UUUCAGUACCACAUACAUCGAUCAUACUGGACAGAGUAUUCAGGAACAAAUGGAGUUUGAUGAAGUUGCAGUUUAUUUCUCCGAGGAGGAGUGGGGCUGUUUAACUAAUGAGCAAAAAACACUUUAUAAGGAUGUGAUGAUAGAGAAUUACCGGACCCUCCGGUCUCUGGGAAGUGUUCGUGUCAAGCCAUUACUUGUGUCCAAAAUUGAGAAAGGAGAAGAACCGUUUGUGUGUAAUGUAGAGAAAAAACGUCCGGAGAAGAGUCAUUUAUAUUCUGAAGAUAAAACAAUGAGUACGGAUACAGGUGGACAAAGCCAGAAUGCAGUUUCUUCUCAAAGGAAGCACGUGAAAAGUCUUUUUCUGUGCAUGGAAUGUGGGAAAUGUUUUAAUUCUCAAUCAGAACUGCAUAAACAUAAAAAAACGCAUACAGCAGUAAAGAUAUUUUCAUGCCCUAAAUAUGAUGAAAGUUUUACAGAUCAAUCAGCUCUUAAAUUACAUCAGCGAAUUCAUUUUGGAAAGAAGCCGUUGUCAUGUUCUAAAUGUGGGAAAUCAAUAACUAAUAAAAAAUCACUUUUUCAACAUAGGAAAAGCUGUACAAUAGAGAGAAAAAAUCAAAGUUCUAAAAACACAAAGUGUCUUACAAGUAAAUCCAAUCAAGGACUUAAAAAAAUAAUCCAAACAAAAGAGAAGGCAUUUUCAUGUUCAGAUUGUGGAAAAUGUUUUGGAGCGAAAAGGUACCUUAAUAGACACCAGAAAAUUCAUAAAAGAAAAAUGUUUUCAUGUUCUGAAUGUGGUAAAUGUUUCAAAGAGAUGAAGACUCUUAAUAAACACCAGAGAAUUCAUAAAAAAGAAAAAGUAUUUUCAUGUUCUGAGUGCGGGAACUGCUUUAUAGCGAAAAAGACCCUUAACAGACACCAGAGAAUCCAUACCGGGGAGAAUAUUUUUUCAUGCUUUAAAUGUGGAAAAUAUUUUACUUCAGAAUCACAUCUCAGCAGACAUGAGAGGAUCCAUACUGGAGAAAAGCCAUAUUCAUGUUCUGAAUGUGGGAAAUGUUUUACAGUUAAAUCAACUCUUAUAAAACACCUGAGAAUCCAUACGGGAGAAAGACCAUUUCCAUGUUCUGAGUGUGGGAAAUCAUUUAGAGAUAAAUCAGCUCUGACUAUACAUAAGAGAACCCAUACUGGAGAGAUAUCAUUUUCAUGUUCUAAAUGUGAUAAAUGCUUUAAAGACAGAAAGGGUUUUAAAAAACACCAGAGAAAACAUACAGGAGAGUAA